UACAGGAAAAUCUACAUUUGAGCAGACGUCUCGCACCGUUCAUCCAGCAAAAUGAGGGAAAUUGUGCAUCUUCAAGCCGGCCAGUGUGGUAACCAGAUUGGUGCCAAGUUCUGGGAGGUUAUCAGUGAUGAGCAUGGCAUUGACCCAACUGGUACCUACCAUGGUGACAGUGACCUCCAGCUGGACAGGAUCAACGUUUAUUAUAAUGAAGCUUCAGGUGGUAAAUAUGUCCCCCGUGCCGUGCUUGUGGAUCUGGAGCCUGGCACCAUGGACUCUGUGAGGUCUGGACCUUUUGGGCAGGUCUUCAGACCAGAUAACUUUGUUUUUGGUCAGAGUGGUGCUGGCAACAACUGGGCCAAAGGCCACUACACAGAGGGUGCAGAGCUGGUAGACUCUGUCCUGGAUGUGGUGAGGAAAGAGGCAGAAAGCUGCGACUGCCUGCAGGGUUUCCAGCUUACACAUUCCCUCGGUGGUGGUACAGGGUCUGGGAUGGGCACCCUGCUGAUUAGCAAGAUUCGUGAAGAGUACCCCGACCGCAUUAUGAACACCUUUAGUGUGGUUCCCUCUCCUAAAGUGUCAGAUACUGUGGUAGAGCCCUACAACGCCACGCUGUCAGUCCAUCAGCUCGUAGAAAACACAGACGAGACGUACUGCAUUGACAAUGAGGCCCUCUACGACAUCUGCUUCCGCACACUCAAACUCACAACUCCCUCCUACGGUGACCUCAACCACCUGGUUUCUGCAACGAUGAGCGGCGUCACGACCUGCCUCAGGUUCCCCGGGCAGCUCAACGCCGACCUGCGCAAGCUGGCGGUCAACAUGGUGCCGUUCCCCCGUCUGCACUUCUUCAUGCCGGGCUUCGCUCCCCUCACGAGCAGAGGCAGCCAGCAGUACAGGUCGCUCACMGUCCCCGAGCUCACCCAGCAGAUGUUCGACGCCAAGAACAUGAUGGCCGCCUGUGACCCGCGCCACGGCCGCUACCUGACCGUGGCCGCCAUCUUCCGCGGSCGCAUGUCCAUGAAGGAGGUGGACGAGCAGAUGCUGAACGUGCAGAACAAGAACAGCAGCUACUUCGUGGAGUGGAUCCCCAACAACGUCAAGACCGCCGUCUGCGACAUUCCUCCACGAGGCCUCAAGAUGGCCGCCACCUUCAUCGGCAACAGCACGGCCAUCCAGGAGCUGUUCAAGCGCAUCUCAGAGCAGUUCACGGCCAUGUUCAGGCGCAAGGCUUUCCUCCACUGGUACACCGGAGAGGGUAUGGAUGAGAUGGAGUUCACGGAGGCUGAGAGCAACAUGAACGACCUGGUGUCAGAGUACCARCAGUACCAGGACGCCACUGCUGAGGAGGAGGGAGAGUUUGAGGAAGAAGGUGAGGAGGAGCUGGCCUAAGCUUAUUGUYCAUGUCUUGUCAGCUUUUCCUGUUAAGGUGUCACAAUGUGUGUGUUUGUGUCUGAAUAAAAUUCUAAAUCAUUCA